AUGGCGUCUCCACAGCCUCAGAGCAAUGUUGUACAAACGACGCCUCAGCCUUUGAUGCAUCAGAGGUCUGUGGCUAGGAAACCUGUUGGGAAACCGGUUGGAACGCCAGGCCAGAGCAUUUCACUACCGCAUAGACCUGCUCCUCAGCAGCAGCAUCCGCAAGCUGGGUAUCCUCCUCACAAUCAGCAGCAGCAACAUGUUCAACAACAGAGGCCUCAGUCUUAUCAUCCUGGACAACAGGUUCAACCUGUUUACCAGCAACAAAUUCCACAGCAGACUCACCAAGCUCAGUCGAUACCACACCCGGGCCAACCACUUCACCACCAGCAAGCACAACCUGCUCAGUACCCUCCCCAGCAACAACAGCAAAGCAACCCUCAUCCUCAACAUCCUCCAACUCUCCAACAACCGAUUCAGUAUCAGCAAGCGCACCAGCAAGCGCCGCAGCCACAAUAUCAGCAACAGCAACAGCAACAGCUCCCACAGCAGCAUGUCCAAGCGCAGUACCCUCAACAGCAACCCUUCAGCCCGACAAAUCCAUCACCAAAUCCCGCUCCUCAAACGACUCUGCCAAACGCUCACCAAGCGCAACCACGGCAAUCCCCUGCAAGCCCAACUCCGCAAAUCCAUCGUGUCGAUACUGCCAACAGCAACAUCGGUUCAUUUGUGGCCGAUCACGGCAGACCUGGAAGCAUCAGCGGUAGCAGCGCCGGUAUCGCAACGCCUGCUACCACUGUCGCUACACCAAGCGUCGCGGGCACACCACAAUGGGGGCCGAAUGGAGCUCCUAACGCGGCUCAGCAACCUCCUGUGAGCCAGCAAGCCCCGGCAGUUCAACAUGUUCCUGUCCAGCAAAGUCCAGCGAUACAGCAUGCUCCAGGCGCACAACAACCUCACCAGCAACCUCACCCGGCUCAGUAUGCCCCGGCAGCUCAACAAAUCCCGGGGGUUCAGCAGAAUAUUCCAGCUCAGCAUACGCAAGCGCCUCUGCAUAAUCCUCCUGCUCAACAUAACCCAGCAGUUCAGCCGAUUCAAGCUGUUCAAGCUACUCCUGCUGCAGACCUGAGACGCACAUCUACUGGGCAACCUCAGUUGUGUAACCAUUGUCGAAAGGGAAUACCUCUCAACGUGUCGGUCUACACCUGUCUCAUCUGCAGCACAGCGCAUAUCACAACGAACUUCUGUGUGUGGUGCUUCACCUCCAACGCAGUCAACACUUCCCACAGCCACGAUAAAUCCUACUACGCCACUGAAUCCGACCCGCGAGUUCAGUCUUCCGUCCAAGACGCGACAACCCAAAUGUGGACUAUUCGAAAGAACGUCUCGGGUCGACUCUGGUACACUCAUAACUCGACUGGCCUGAAGACACACCUGAAGCCCACAGCAGCGGCCUUGUUUGGAUUCUCUGGAUUGCCACCUGGCUGGGAUGAGCGCAAGACACCUGAUGGUCGAACAUUUUACUUCAACAAGAGAUUGGGGACCAGUUCUUGGGUUAAGCCUGCCAACUCUCUGCCUGAUGGUUGGAGGGAAUUGAGAACGCCAGACAUGACGCCGUUUUACAUCAAUGAACAGCUUGGUUUAUCGACGUGGGAUCGGCCGGGACAGCAGCCACGAGCGACGAAGCAAGGAAAGCAGGUCAUUGUGAGAAAAGCACGACCUGGUCAACCGAAUCAGCCGCAAAACGUCGGCGAUAGCAUCCUUUCAGCGACGGUCAAUGCAGCAAGACUCACUGGCCAAGGUGUUGAGAUGGCAAGUCGACAGGUUGGAAAGCUUGGCAAGAAGAAGAAUUGGAGAAAGAUGGGUCGCAUGUUGAACACAGUCAACAGCUUCGGUGGUGUUGGCUCAGGAAGCGAUGGCGAGUACGACGACAAUUACAACGAUGAUGGGGACUUUGGAUUUGGAGGUGAUGACUCGAGCGGGUUCCAAGACCAGCAGCAGCAGGGACAGUUCCAGCAAAGCUUCGACUAUCAGCAAUCGUCUUUCUCGCAACCUCAGCAGUCUUUCUCAUUUGAAGACAACCAGCAGUCAAUGUUUCAGCAACCAGCUUAUGAGCAACAGUCGACAUUCGAGUAUUCAGUACAAACUGAGCAGCCAGCUUUCGAACAACCUGUAUUUGAUCAACAGACUUCCUUUGGCCAGCAGCCUGAGCAGUUCAGCGUUACAACUGAGGUUUCUUACACGAUGAAUGAGGGUCAGCCAGCCUUCGAGCAGGAAGUUCAGUACACUCAAACAUACGAGCAGCAACCCGGCUUUGAAGUCCAGCAGCAGACUACGUUCGAAACUACUUCCACUCAAGAGCCAAUCUUGACUCAGCAGACAACAUCUUACGAGACAGUCAUUACUUCCGAGCAGACCGCCGUUGAGCCUCCCCUUCAGUCAAACGAACAGCCUGUAUAUCAGGUUACUGCACAAGAGACAUAUCCUACCCAGCCGUAUAUUUACGAUCCGACCCAAAUGCCUCAGCAACAGGUCACCAUCUCGUACACAGUACCCGACUAUGCCGCCGAACCAGCACCGCUGUUCACAUCCCAAACCCAAGUGCAGCAACCUGCGUAUCCGGUGUUUAUGCAGAACAAUCAGCCUGAGAUCAUCACCAGCGACGUUCCUCUAGUCGAAGUCCCGGGUACACCAGACAACACCACACUCAUUGUCAGCAGCGGAUACGGUAGUAACGACAUCUUGGCUGGUACUAGCCUAGCAACUGAGAACAAUACGGCCCCUGUCCCUCAGGUCUCAACACCAGCGCCACAGGAUAGUAUUGUGGUUGAAGUGGCGGUUCAGUCGACCCCGACGCCUGGAUUGGAGACAACUGCAUCGCCAGCACCGGUCGUUGUGCAAGAGUAUGACACUUCAGUAAAGCCUGCUUCUAUCGUGACCGUGGAUCCUGUUCAGCCUGUUGACUAUGAUGUUGGAGCCAGGUGCAAUGCACUUAUUUAA